AUGAUCGCACGGACUCCAGCUUGUCAGAUGAGCGAGGACAAUUUGGCGAAAGUGUUUGGACCGAUCGUGGUAGGGUACUCGUGCCCUGAACCACAACUGAUGCAAACUGUGAACGAGACUCGAACACAAAAAGCGGUUGUGAAGCUUCUGUUCAGCAUACCUGAUCACAUAUAUUCAACCAUCCUGACAAAUAUACCUUCGGGCGAACAUUCGGACAGUGAGCAAGAACAUACAACUUAUUUUAGCCCAAUAUCUGCUCGAAUGGAUCAGCGAUCUAUUGGUAUCGAUGAUGCGCGGACACCGAUGCGUUUACGUCAGACACCACGCCGAUUGGCCGGUUUGGGAAUGUCUUCACGAAAGCGCUUGCUUCCCCAUUUCCUGUCGGUUAACCGCACUGUAAUUGACCCGUGA